UUGAUAUCGCAUUCGGCAUCGGCUGUCUCGCUGCGACUGUCGGAUGCGAGCACGGACCUGCAGCGCAACGAGCACCUGAUACGGUUCCUUUUGUGGUCGCAGUUCGCCAUGCCGCUGUGGUUUGUGUUUCUCAACGUUGCCAUCGCAACCGACUUUAUGCUCACACAGCUAAAGCAGUGGUCGAGGGACAAGGUCGAGCUGGUGCGCCAGUGGUACGUACCAGUGGCCACCGGUGUUGCUUUUGUGCUCACCCUGCCCCUGCUCAUCUACCACUCAGGGUACCAGACCAAGCCAACCACAUCCUUCUCGGUGCAAUUCAAAAGCAAGCGUGCCGCCACCAUCUACUACAUCAUGGCCUUUGACCUGUGGGUUGCCUUUGGAAUCAUCUACUGCUUUGUCAUUAUCCUCUUGGUCGCAGGCAAAAUGGCCAAAAGCAUUGCCCUGAGCCGCCGGUACCGCGCCCACCUCGCCCGCGCCUGGCCUUCUCAGCUUGAAAAUCUUAUUGUCACCGACGUCGACAUUAUUUCCGCCAGAAGAGGGAGACAACAACGCCAUUGA